UCCAUCCUAACCUUCACAAACGCCACUAAAGAGGACCUGGGCCUGUACACAGUAGAGAUGAGUGACAACCCAGACAUCUCUUCCAGUUUCACCUUCACUGUGGAAGAUCUGGAGAGACUGACUGAGCUCGGAAGGCACAUCUGCCACCCAUUGAUAGCCCUGCGCUCCAAGUGGCAGGUGGAGGUGUCAGAGGAAAGGGAGCAUGCGUCUCUGGAUGCAGACUGAGAGCCCGAGCAACGCUGCAGAGCUCCGCCUCGUUCUCAACGACAGAGAGAUCUCUAGUACUGCAGCCCAUAAGAUUAACUUUGAUAAGGGCAGUGGGCUGCUAGAGAUCCUGUUUGACCAGCUGUCAAAGGAGGACGAGGGCUCCCACACAGCUCAGCUCUGCAACGGCUGCGCCAAGAACCAGUUCACCCUGGUGCUCGUGGACGAGAGUGAGUCCAUCUGGUCACCCCAACUCACUGCCGGGAUGUUCAUACUACCGAACCGAGCUGAGCUAAACCAAGCUGUGAUGAGCUGGCCUGUUUUUGCAUCCUCCGUAGUUGCUGGAAGUGCUGAGCUAGCACAGUUUGCUUCAGAUCGGCACAAUAGAGUGAAAAGGGCAGCUUACUAUUGCUGUGAACUCUAAAGAGCAGUAAAUAUUUGGCUUGGCUUGAUAUAUAGAUUUGUUCCAAUCAACUAUAUUGGUAGUUAAUAUAUACUGCUCAAAAAAAUAAAGGGAACACUUAAACAACACAUCCUAGAUCUGAAUGAAAGAAAUAAUCUUA